CACGCGUUGUAUCUCAAAGCGAUUAUGCGAGGUGUCAAGAAGUAUUCACGACUGUUUGGCCCGCCCAAGCCGCCUUCGAAAUUACUCGGAUGUAUACUUGUAGACUGAAUAAGUAUAGUAGAGUGAAUAAGUAUAACGCGGAAAAAGUUCUUCAUUAUAAUUUGCUACGAAUUUUAUCACGUGUGAUGAUAAGCUUUUAAAACAACUUGCCAAUCUGUCAUCAAAUAUUACGAUGAGUAUAACAAUAGGAAUUUUUGAAAUAUACAAGACAAUUUGAAUUGUUUAGAAAAUAAAAAACCAGCUUAUUGUCGCCAGUAAUUAAAUCCAAAGGAAAAACAACUAUAUAGUCGACUGUGACUAGCUAAAUUUCUUUAUUAAGUUAAAUAAUUACUUUUCGACCAUGGGAUUUAGUUCUUCUCAAGUGAUUACAGAAUCAUUAAUUGAGGGACUACAAUCGUUAAAAAGUUCGUGGCAGCGAAUUUACAAACAAUUGUGUUUCAUUGUCAAUGGUGAAACGAUAAAUUUUGCAACGAUUGUAACGAUUGUAGUCUCGCAAUUAAUUAAUUUGUAAUCACUCGAGAAGGACCAAAUCCCAUGGUCGAAACGUCGUAAUUAUUUAACUUAAUAAAGGAAUUUAGCCAGUCAGUCGACUACAUAGUUGUUUUUUUUUCUUUUGUUUAGGUAACUUCGGUAUAUGCCGUAUCUAAUAAAAAUUUAAUUUAUCAAGCAUUCACUAUUAUUUUAAUAAAGUUUUUGUUGCUUUUAUAGUUUAUUUAAUAAAAAAAAAAAUAAAAUAUUUGUUUUUAUAUGGUAUUUGAAAAACAAACUUUCAGAAACCUUUGCAUUUCUUAUCGCGAUAUCGAAAAGAGAUGGGAUACAUAAAACAAAUAAACUGGAAGUAUAGAAGCGCUAAACAUUUGUAUUUUAAUAUAGUACGCCAUCCUUUAUUAGCUCUCUACGCUUACGUAUCGUGAAAUAAUUACACAUCGCUGCGCCACUCAUAAUAUUGACAAACUGAUUAACGAUUUCGUUAAUAUUACCAAUAAAAAACUGAAACUAUAACAAUACUAAUAUAAUCAUGUAUUUAUAUAUUGUCCUUUGAAAAUCCUAACAGAUUUUAGUUCAAAAUUUUUGGAUAUUUAAAACAAUUAAAAGAAUCAUAAACAUAUUUUAAAAUCAUUGAAAUCAUCUGACUGUACAGUUUACUAAAACUAACAAAACAUAUUUUAUAUUUUAUUGUGUUAAAAUACAUAAAAUACGCGUAGUGGUAAUGCCAGAAAAAAUCAUAUAAAAUUCUUUGAACGUAAUGUUAUUCCACGGCUACCGUGACCUUUCAGGAUAAAUUUUAUGAAAAAAAAUUCCCUCCGUGUAAGAAUAACAAUAGUAGCGGAUCACUUUGAUUCAUUUGCUGAGAAUAACGAAUUUCUUUCACGUGAUAUAUUUCAUACUGCAUGGUUUAUUAAAGAGAGGUAUAUUUGACUGAUAAGCUUGCCGUGGCAACGCGGCACAAUGAUACGUGGGACAACUAGGAUUUAAUAUUUCACGAUUGCGUGCGGCAUAUGGCGUGCGCUUAUCGGGUCUAACAAAUUAUUCCGAAUAAUCCUGCGAAACGGUGUUUAAAUAAGAAUGCUUUUAUUGCCACUCGAUUCGCGCCGGAUAUCGACACGUCAAACAUUGGCUCACUUAAUAACAGAAAUGGCAUAGAGAAUAAUUGAUAAUUCGAGGAAAAAGAUCUCAAUAUUACAUAGAAGAGACACGAAGGACUUAAAAAAAAAAAAAAAGAUCGUCAUAUGCGUAACUUUUAUUAUCAUUAAAUUCUGUAACGCUGAAACGUAACGAGAUGGUCUGCAUGAACAAAAAACAAAAAAAAACAAUAGAGAAUAAAAAAAAAUGUAAAGGCAUCACGCGGACAAUCCUUAAUUGAGAAAAAAAUCCAUUCCGUUCCGUCGGAUCUUUAUUGCGCGUCAUUUAUACACAUCUGCAGAACGCGCAUUCGUUGGGAAAAUAAUUUUCCACGUCUGAUCUGUGUUAUAUGGCACGGGAGAGAUCGUCCCGGGUGUAACCGAAUUUUUCGCUCGCGAGGAAUUCGCGCAGAACGGGAAACGAGCGGCCGGACCGAGGAACAAAAUCGUCCCCGGUGAAAAUAAUACGCGCCCGUAAAACAUCCCGGCGAUGGGAAUCAAUACUUGUCGCUGCCUCUGCCGGUCGUGUUUUACAUAAUUUGCGAGGAGCGUCCGAAGAGAGACGCGCGGCCGGAAGGCGGAAAGAGGGACGGCGAGAGUUUUCCUCGCCCUUGUCCCGCUCUUGAAAGAGGAGUCGCCUCUCCAUGGAAAAGGACCGCGAUCCUUCGGGGUCAAAUAAAAUAGAUUUAAAUCCCGCUCGGUCUCCACCUCGGAUGAAUGCCGGCCCUUUUCCCCGUUUUACGCCCGUUGCCCCUCGCCGGGGCGUAAGAAUCGACAUGAUAAUUAAAUCGAGGGUUACAACGGAAAUACGUACUUUGCGAAGAAGAGGAUCGUCGGGCCGGCGGACAAUAGAAACGUUCCGCGGCAGCGGGUAGUCCGUAAUUUCCGAAAUUGCGAAAAUUGCUCGAAGAGCUUUCUUGCGAAUUAGGCAUAACAAUUUGUAUAGCGCGAAACGGAUUGCAAAAGCCUCCUACGUGCGCAAGUGCAAUAUUAAUGCGACUGGUGAUUAAUACGGUGCAACAAAUAUUGGCAACUGCGCUGCUCGCCGGCUAUUAUUGCGUCAUGCUGCUUUAAUAAUAUCCAUUAUUGUUUCAUUAUUAAUAAUACGCACGUAUUUGAACGUGGUAAUGAUGAUACCCUGUAAGCUUAUUUCGAGCCUUCAUCAUAAUCGGGCCGCAUUAGCAUAAUUACUCUUAAACGAUCGAUCUCGGCACGCUCGCAUUUAAUGAUGCAGCUACUGCGCGUUCGGACGUACACUGUCGCUCAAAAUGUCAGCCGUCUCUCACGUGCAUUCGCGAUUUUUCAAAAUUUCGCGCGUCUCCCUCACAUUUCAUGUCGAAGCCGAGUUUACCCUCUCGCUCAAAUAACUUUUUCUUCUUUCUUCUUUUUUUUACCAAAGUAAUAAUUUCGCGGCAAGAUGUUGCGAGUCAGAUAUCGUAGCUGCAACUGAAACGUUAUCAUUCCAUUCUGCAAGAUUUUAUCUCGCACUUACGGAAGCGUUUUAAGCACGUAAGACCGGAAAGAUCUACGUUUAAAACGUGAAGGUAAAAAAUUUCGAACCGAGGGAAAAACCCGCUCCAAGUUUGAGAAUAUUUAGCUCGCAUACGGUGAGCGGAGGAAAUUUGCGAGGAAUUCGUUUGAGGAUUAUACGGUCGCACGUCGACCUGGAAGAGCUCCUUCUCGCGUGAGUGUGCGGGAGGAAAGGAGAGUGCGAAGAGAGAGAGAGAGAGAAAGAGAGAGAGAGAGAGAGAAGCAGCGCGCUCUCACCCCACCAACGCGGCGCUUAAUGACCGGGAGCGCGAAGUGCAGUCAGCAGCCGCCGUAAAUUAUCCGUUCGGUCGAAGGCGAGUCUAAAACGCGGAUCCAAUAGACGAGAGCGGAACCGAGCGACGAAGGCACGGCCGGCAUUACAUUGGUCGGCUGCCAGAGUCGGAGAGAUCCGGCGUGAGUUCAUCUGACAUUAGUUAUGUCAGCCGCACCGCCGAGUGCCGAGAGACGCGGCGAUGGCUCAUCGGGAUGAAGUAACCGAAUUCUCGUUGACACGUGCAUCGGGAUACAUACGUUAUGGUACGGGCAGGGGGGGGGAGAGGGAGCGGCGGCACAGACUUCAAAUGGGCCAUCGGCAGCGAAUAACUCGAUUUGCUCCGUCUACGCGUACUCGACUGGCUGAAAGGUCGAAGAGUAGGUAGGUGGUGAACAGCAGUCGAGUGGGUGGGAAAGCUACAGAGCUAAAUGGGUAUACGCGAGGGGGGUGAGAAGGGAAGAGAUACGGUAGGAGAGACGGUUAGAUAGGUAGGUAGCGAGGAAGGAAUGACGGAAGGAAGGAAGGAAGGAAGGAAGGAAGCGAGUUAUCGAGACAGUAGUGUCACCGUAGUCGUGCGGAGGUGCCCAGUCGUCGAGCAAACUACGGGGCCAGUCUCAGAGCCAAAGAGGCUCAGUCAGCCAACCAGCCAGCCAGCCAGCCAGCCAGCCAGCUUGCCUGCCAGCCAGCCAGCCAGCUAGCGGAUGUACGAGCGAGCGAGUGAGCGAGCGAGCGUACGGGCGAGCGAGCGAACCAGCAAGUUCUUGUUUUAUUCAGUCGGGAUCAUAAAUUACGAAUUUAAACACACAAUGAAAGACGCUUAACAAGAAGCUAACGCGAGAUUGAGAGGCCCCGCCCGGAACACCUCUCCUUCCGGUGGAAAACCACCAGGCCGACCAAUCCGCUGGCGGUACCGCCCCCAGGCACUUAAACGACCCACGGACGGCACGCCAAUCGACUCGCGUCGAGGGCCGACCUAUCUCUCCCUCCGCCGCGGCAGUUUCCGGAACGCGCGCGCGAGGACGAGGGCAAGGACGAAGGCACGGGAGAGAGACUCGAUCUCCCGCCGGAGAGAGAGCGCGCGCGCCCGAUGCACCCUGCUCGCACACCAUUUGGCGACGCGGCGAGUCACUCGGCGAGGUGGACCCCGUACCGUCGCGCGCCACGGACGACGACUUCCUGAUCGCGAGCGUGUCGACCACCCGCGUCGAUAGACGACACCAGUUUAGUCCCGAGACUAGUUCAUGAUCACUGAUCACCCUCCCCGAUCGUUCGUUCUCCAUGACAUCGCGCGGAACCGGCGAACCGGUGGCUGCUCCUCACGGUGUGCGGUGACUACUUCUCUCCACUUCUCAUCGAUCGCCAUUCUCGCGCGGUACGUGUGUCAUCGUCGGCAGCCUGUCAUCGCGUCACGCAGACGACGCGUCAUCGGGUGAUCCGUCGGGAAACUAUGGGGAUCGGUGAUUGACCUGGGUGAGAGACGGAAGAAAACGAAACGAGAAGGGAAAGAGCGACGGAACAUCCUCCUCCAUCUUCUUCUCCUCCUCCACCUCCUCUUCCUCCUUUUCAUCCUCCUUCGAGGACAGUGCGAGGACUCGCGGUCGCGAUCGCGGUAAGUGUCGAACGUGUCCUGUGUCAUCGUCAGUGGUUCGAACGUUCAAGCGAAACGAACAGUGAGGCAAUCGUCGCCGUGUGAUUACACUACUUCGACGUUGAACAUCUGAACCGAUCGCCCCGCGGGACUUGCUCCCCGGUGGCCGGUCCCCACCCCCCCCUGAGAGCGAGAUCAUCCCCUUUUGCGCGCGAGGACUACGAGGCGGUCGCACGCCUCAUCCUCCAGCGCGCGGCUAAGCACCGGCUAAGAUUUUUCGCUCACUACCGAACUAUGCGUGGUGCGAGAUGGUGUGUUCUCUGACCAGCGGCAAGGCCUGCGCCGACAGCGGAGACCCGUGCCCGGACCCGCCAUCGCGCUCCACGCCGGAGGGCGGUGGGCUCGAGAUCGCCGAGAACAUGUCGUCGUCGCUCAGCGACGCGCACCGACGCAACAAUAACCACCACCUGGACCAGGGCGAUCGCAGCUCGUCCGCGGGUUCCUCCUUGGGCUCGUGCUCCCCGCCGCCCGCCUCGAGCCAUUCCCCGCCGCCCCCGCGGCCGCCCUGGCUCCACGACUUCCACGCGGCGGCCGCGCCCCAUGUUUUGCAAUUUCUCAAUCUAAGCGCCGCCGGGGGCGGCAUGCUCGGUAGCCAGCCACUGGCAGCGCUGCACUCCAUGGCGGAGAGGAGUCAUCAGCAUCAACAGCAGCAGCAGCAGCAACAGCAACAGCAGCAGCAGCAGCAGCAACAGCAGCAGCAGCAUCAACAGCAGCAACAGCAACAGCAGCCGCAUCAGCAGCAGCAUCAUCCGCCGCACCAGCAGCAACAGGGCGGCAUCCAACUGCCGCGCAUCACCGUGCCGUUGUCCACCAUCACGCAAGGUCAAUCGUCACCCACCGGCAGCGGUAAGCACAGCCCGGCAACCUCCAUCACCUCCGUCGGCAGCAAUCCUCACGGCAUCGACACGAUACUCUCGAGACCGACGGCGACGGUCCAUCCCCAGGCAACGGUACCGCCGUCGCACGCGACCCUGCCGCCAACCCCGCAUCCCCAGCACAUGGCCGCGCCGCGGUACGCCAUGCACGCCGGCUUCACGGCGUCCUCGGGUAUCGGCCAAUUUCAACAAAGAGCGGAACCACGGCACACUGCUGUCUAUUGGCCGGGCCUUCAGGGACUAGUCAGCGAUCCUCUCGCAUGGCGGGCAAGAUUACACACAUUGUCGCAACAGCUGGGCUGUCAGCAAGCGAUGACGGGCGCGGGCGGCGGCGCCGGGGAACACGAUGGCGGUAAGAAGAAGCACACGAGGCCCACGUUCAGCGGACAGCAGAUCUUCGCCCUGGAGAAGACCUUCGAGCAGACCAAGUACCUGGCCGGACCGGAGCGCGCCAAACUGGCGUACGCCCUCGGGAUGUCGGAGUCCCAAGUCAAGGUAUGGUUCCAGAAUCGGCGGACGAAGUGGCGAAAGAAACACGCGGCGGAGAUGGCGACGGCGAAGCGGCGGCAGGAGGAGGUCGAGGGCGUCGUCGCCGAGGGUGAGGACGGUUGCAGCGAUGCUGAGGCCGACGGCAGCAGCAGCGGCGGCGGUGGUGGCGGUGGCGGCGGCGGCGGCGGUGGCGGCGGCGGCGGUGGCGGAGGUGGCGGUGGUGGAGGUGGCGGUGGUGGCGGCGAGACCGCCGCGAAGAGGCUGCGAAGGGAGCUCGAGCAGCAAUACAGGCAUUGAGGCACCGUCGGGGACGGCGGCGGGGGUUGCCAGGGGACACGCGGGGGGUCGCGAAAAAAGGGAAAAGAGGGACGCGGAGGAGAAGGAUAAGGCGUGGCCCGGGGGCGGCGCGUUCCGGAGGGUUCCUCGCGGCUUGUUCGGGGAACAGCGCGCGUGUCGGCUCGGAAAUGAUCGCGGAACGACUGUACGACGGCGGCGGCGGCGGCGGAGAGAGAAAGGGAGAAACGGUGCGGGAGGAAGAGAAAGAGAGAGAGAGAGAGAGAGAGAGAGAGAGAUGUACGUGUGUGUGCGUAUGUGCGCCCGCGUGUCUUUCUUCGUGAUUUAGCCGGACCCUUAAACGCGACGUCGCGACUGACGCACGGGGGAUGUCCGGGAGGUCGCGCGUCUCCUCCGCGUGUCGCGGAAGAGGUGCGAGGAGACGGUUUUGGAAUUCUGAUAGAGGGCGGAUUGGGGAAUUUCGAGGCUCGCGGAGUCGAUUCUCGUUGAGCUACGAGGAAAUGUAGAGGGGACUUACUUACUUUCGGGUUAACUGGAAUUCUUUUGCCGGCGCGAAAGUUUAAUUGAACAAGUUUUAUUCGUCUUUCGUAUUAGGGAUCGUUUGAUUUUCUAAAAUUAUGAAAAAGUAACUGAGAGAGAGAGAGAGAGAAAGAGAGAGUGCGUGAUUUGCGGGACAUCUAACGUUUGCAACAAACGCGACGGGACGGAAGCGAUUUCCGACGAUUCCGCGUCAGUCAAAGACGAUCGCCUCACUUUCGAAACGAACCAAUCCUUACCAGUGAUUGCCGUUAAUUUCGACGUGGUGCCCGGUUCUAAUGGGCACUCCGAUUCGCUCUGAGACAUUGCGAAUUGCGAAGCGUUGAUUUUGUCGAUGGCGGAUUUGUUUGGUGCUCGAGAAAUUAAAGAAUUUUAUGUAAGUACGACGAUAAUUUAAAUCGAAUUAAACGUUGCGAUGUAUAAAGCGAAAUAUUAUUUAUUUUCUUUUUUAUGAAUAUAAUAUCGCGAUUAUUAAGUAGACGAAACACUUUCGCGAGAAGAGGCUAACUGCAAAUUUCGGUGCACAAUGAACCUGCCAUCCGACAAAAUGGCCCUGACGACGAAUUGGAAUCUAAACUACGUGUCCCGUUGCCAAACUGAUCUCCAUGAUAAUUCGGAAGCGUCGAUAAAGACUACCGUUUCAUCGCUGAUCUCGAAGUUGAAGUCAAAUUGCUCGAUCGAAAAUUAUGGGCGCUUAUCGAGCCAGGGACUUUAAUUAAUCGCACGCGGCCAAGGUACUGCUUUAUUACCAUGCACUUUCUUUUGUGGGACUACAGAAAUAUUUGAUAAAUAACUUGCUUGAAAAAAUAAAUCCAGCGUGGAGUAAAUGCUUUUACGCAACAAAAAUUGAUCGAGCAAAUGGACAUUUCAGUGUCGAUAUUUAUUGUUUAAAUUUAUAUUUUUUCAAACAAAAUUAUCGUGAAAUAGCGCACAAUUAUUUUAUUAUAAUUAAGCUUAGGCGAGAUCUUAACUUAGCGAAUUUUAUUGUGAAAAAAGCGAUGUGUUUAUUCCACUGUAUAAAGAUCAUAUUUUUUUUAUUUGAUAUUUAAAUUUUAUUAACAGUGUUAUCAAAUGGCGUCGCUAUUCCAAUUCAUUUUCAAAAAUGCAAUUACACAAUAUCUUGAAAAUAGUUUGAUCCCGCUCGACUUGUAAUUUUACACUUUUUUUAGAUACUAAAAACUGCAGUUUUUCACUAUAAAUUUUUACCCCUUUUUAAUUGUGACAAAAGACUAAGCGUCAUAAAAAAAUCUUACAACAGUCAAGCACUAAAUCUAUGUUCCAUUUUUUUAAAGCUUGUAUCCUUUUGCUUUUUCAUGAAUCCUGUACGAGCAGCAGUUAUCGUAAUUCUAAAAAAAAAAUUAUAUAAUUUAGGAAAACUUAUAUAGCGAUGCUAUUUCAUAUUACUCUUUAAUAAAUUUUAAUGUCAAAGAAAACUACGAUCUUCACAAUGAAAUAAAAAGUCGACUUUUCUAUUACUCUACAUUUUUCCGCAAAAAAUUCACAAAGUUAAGCCUCGUUUUACCUGUCAAGCAAUCGGUAUACCGUGCCAAUAAAUGCCUGGCGUGUCUUGGCGAUUUAAAAUCGGCUUGGCGAAUAUCGCACAUGACAAUUCCGUUGCCCCGAAUUACGCAGUGUCGCGCGUCGUGUUUGACAGUAAAAUAUAGCGACAUCGAAAUAUCGUUAACCACCUUCUGGACGCGACGUGUCACCAUCCUCAAAAUCUCUCGAUCGCGUGUGCAUAUUUAGUCUGUAGCUGCGAGAGCAUCCGGAGGAAUCGAUAGGAAGAGUUUGCCGAGCUGCUUAUGCGAUGGCAGAUUAGUCGUCGGACGGGGGCUUUGUUAUCCAUCCGACAAACAACGCACGGCAAAUAUGGCAAACAACGCACGGCGACGUAACGUCAGCCCCCCUUCCGUCAAGAUGGUGAUAAUGGAUAACCAUAAAUCCAAGGGCCCGGCAAUCCCGCGCGUCGUUCUAAACUAGUCCACUCGUCGCCGUAAAAGGGCGCGGAUUAUUCGAUUGAAUAAAUAAUUAUAGCGCAACUGUGCCGGACUCGUACAAAACGCCCCGGGAAAAAUCACUCGCUAUACGCCCAACACGCGAUUUCAUCGAGAAACAUUUUUAUAUAUCACGAAUUUACGGACAUGUUGCUUUAGAAAGGGAUAAUGAUACUUAACAUCCAGCCUCGCCGCUUGAUUAAACUAUUUAUUUAAGAAACGCGAAAAAUAUCUUUUUAAUGAAUCUUUUUGCAAUUUCCUCUAUAUAACUUUUCCUUAUAACUCAACAUAAAGUGACAAUUUAACUAUAUUGAAUUAGUGGUCUUGAUAUCGACAAAUAAAAAUCGUUUGUGAAUCUUUUGUUAGGGAAAGUGUUUUUCAGAAAAAAAUUAGUUUAUUUUCCACAGAAUUGAAUAUUAAUUCGCUAUGAUAAAGCAGCUAAAGACGGUCUAUUGUUUGUAAAGUUGAAAAUUGUUAGAAUAUUAGUUCAUUUAUUUUUGCACAAUUUUAUUCUUUACGUGCGGAUAUUUAUUUAUUUUGCUUAAACUAUCAGUAAGAGAUGGAGAUUUUUUAAAUUGUUUAAGCUUCCGUUUGUUUGUAAAUUACGAUCAAGUCCCCGGUCGUAAGAAGGAGGAAAGAUAUAUCCGAGAGAUAAGUUACACGUGAAUUUCGCGUGGAUUUUGCGCGUCGACGGAUCGCGCAAAAAUGGACUUUGUAUAUUAUGUAGAUAUACGAUAAACGUGAAUGUGAUAUCUAACGUAUUUAAUACGGCGUUCGGUCUAGGCGCGUAAGUGAAAUAAGUAGAUAUCGUCUAUUGUAGACUAAAAUACAGUGCAGAAGGAAUAGGAGAAGAAAAAAAUACCUAUAAUAUACAUACACACAAAUAUAUAUAAAUCGCACGUGGCGUGCGUCUAAACUCGUAACUCUGACAGUUUUUUUCAGCUGCACUUCCUUUUACAUUUUCCGCAUUUGAAAUUAGACGGGUGUAUAUUCGGACUUUCGAGGAGGGGAAGGAGGGAAGACGGAAAAAGGAAAAUUAAGUAAAAGUGCAACUAAAAAGAACAAACCUUCUGUAUUCUUGCCACAGGUUAGCGCUAAAUAUGAUUAUUUUUAUCCUGAGUUUUAUUCGAUAUAAGAAUGUUAUAUUAACAGUUGUAUAUUGGACUUUGGUUUAUACGAGACUUUAUGAAAAUGUUAUCGAAUCUAAAAUUCUAUAUACAAUUCUUGGAAAAUUUUUUGAAGAAAUUUCUUUUACAAAGUUUGAGUAAACACCCUGAAUAAUAAGAAAUAAAUUUUUACAAAUGUUUAAUUAAAUUAAUCUCUACAUUUGCGCAAUGUAAAGACUUUAAAAACAAUUAUAUAAAUAUAAUAAUAUUUUAGUCUUUACAUUGCGCAAAUAAAUAUAAUGAUUAAUUUUGAUCAAACAUUUGUAAAAAUUUAAUUUUUAUUAUAGUGUUUACUCGAACAUUGUAAAAAAGAUUUCUUAAAAUCUUUUUCCCGGAUCUGUCAAGAAUUGUAUUCAAAAUUCAAAAUUAGAUUAUCGAUGAAAAAUACAAAUAAUAAUUUUGUCGGAAAAAAAGAGAUAGAAUUUAAAUUUAACAGUAAUAUUCCAAGAAUUUUCCCAAAUAUUAAUAAAAUCUUGUGAAAAAAUUAAUUUAAUCAUAGAUAAGAAAUAAAUUCCCUGAAAAUCACAGGUUUUCCCAAUUUUUUUUCCAACAAUUAACACUGAUGUAUUUAGAAAACUUACAUUUUGGAUUUCAAGUUCUUAUACUUAUUUUUCCUCAAAUUAAAAAAAAUUCUUGCGUGUAUAAACAGUCGGAUUGCCUUUUUGAUCCUAACAUGCGGCAGGAAUGCAAACCAUAGAACAUGAUAAGCGUUAAUCGCUGUGUUCAGAAAGACUCGGCAGCGGGCAGGCCCCCGAAUACUGAAGGGGCAAGAGGGUUCGAGGAACAUUUUCCGGGGGCAGGUAAAAGAAAGGGAAAGAAAGAACGCUUCGCUACUUCGCGUGCUGUGAAUCUAACCGAGCGAUCGUUUCCUAAAAGGCGCAGUUUCCUAAGUCCUUGCAUCCUUGUAACGUCUAUCGAGUAUGCGACAAACACACGCAGUGUACAGUAAACCUAGGUAAAUUGUUAAUGGACGAGGUAGAGACAAUCUGUAUAAAAUACUGUAUAAAUUAUACAUACGUGUUAUCUAUCGCUUGUGUAUUAUAUCUCCAAUUUAAUAAAUGGAACACGUAUUAUGGUAUGAUUGUAGAAUUA